AUGUUGGAUCAAUCAACAACUAACUACUCGGGAAAAGUCGAUGGAAAGGCUAUUUCAGAACUUCAAUCUCAUCCGAGAGAAACAUUUAGCACGAUAAUGCCACAAGCCAACGGCUUAGUGGCGAAGUCAAGAGAAAUAUGGUUACAAAUACUGGGUGACACGCCAUCUUCCCUCCACAUUAUCGAUUCAGAUACAGAUUUCUUUCAUGUCGGCGGAAGCUCCAGGUCCCUGAUCGAGCUGCAUGCGGAGAUUAACAAGGAAUUCAAUACUGACAUGCCUCUGAUACAAUUGUUUGAAAACUCCACACUGGGUGCAAUGGCUCGCCAGAUUGAUCCAGCAACAGGCUCGCUUCCAGCCAGCACGGGCCUUAGCUUUACAGUUCCCGCUCCUUCAAAUAAUCACGAGGAGCCUUCAACAGUACCCAAGUUGGACUACAAGAUUCAUGCAAUCGCUCUCCGACGGCGUCGAUCCAACUUGCCGGCAAUUUUCUCCGACCCGAAAGUACAACUGCAUAUGGGCGAACUCGACGCACUGCGACUUAGCCUGUCCAAACAAGCGGCCCAGGAGAUAGUCAAGCUGUGUCUUCCCCAACGAAUCCCGAUGCACCUUAUCCCGUCGGAAAAUGUGGCGUACCUCUCCGGGCAGGCUUCGUUUGGUGAAGAGUCGGUUGCCGACUUCAAGCCACCGUGCGAUAAAUCCGAUGGAUAUACGGCGACAAAAUGGGCGAGUGAGCAGUUCUUGGAGCUUAUAAGCGAGAAGCUCUUGAUUCCCAUCUGGAUCUAUCGGCCGAGUAGCAUCGUAGGAGAUGAUGCUCCAGCCCCUGACUUGAUGACAAAUCUAUCAAGUUUCUCAAGGCAACUUCAUCUCCCGCUCGGCGGGGCACGUUUAGACUUUAUUGGCGCGGAGCGAGUGUCAGCAGAGAUUGUGGAUGAGGUGAAACAUGACAGCGCCUAUCCCGGCGGACUAGUCAAAUACAUGUACGAAAGUGGAGACCUUGAGUUCGCCGUGGACAAUAUGAAAGGGUCUCUCGAGAGGCAAACGGGUGCAAGUUCCGAGAUCCUUCGUCUGGAAGAGUGGACCAGGAGGGCAGCGGCGGCAGGAUUGAAUGAGAUUGUCGCUGCUUGCCUGGCUAGAGCCGACGAGCUGCCUAUUGUGUUCCCUAAGCUGCUGAGGCGGACCAGGCCUAAGAUUGUUGAGGAGACUCUAACGACAUAUACAUCGUCAUUCUCGCUGAGGAAUGUGUGCUAUAUUCCAACCACGUAUGGCCAAUUGGCAGAUCUCCAGGGCCGCCGGUAUGUCAUGAUACUAGCCACCGCAAUCUUCCUUCUUGGUAGCGGCGUUUGCGGCGGUGCCAGCUCCAUGGACAUGCUCAUUUGGGGACGCGUUGUACAGGGAAUUGGCGGAGGGAGCAUCAAUAUCCUGGUUGGUAUGAUCAUCUGCGACCUUGUGCCGAUGCGAGAGCGAGGCAACUUCAUGGGCACAACAUCCGGCCCUAUCAUCGGCGGAGCCUUAACAGAUAACACCACGUGGAGAUAG